AAAAAUGCAGAAUUAACACUGAAGCAGUAAAUUCUGUUGUGAAUGAGUUUAACAGAUCUGUCAAAACAGAUUUUAGCCACAUAUUAAUGAGAGCUCUUCAGGAUUAAACGAUGAACAAGAGAACUUCAAGCUCUGGACUUUCUUCAGUCUCAUCAGGGAAUGAAACAAACAGCAAUGGGAGAAGAUGAUCUGCAGGAUCCUUCUGCUCAUCAGCCUGACCUCCUGUGUCUCUGGAACAUUUGAAGUGAAAGUGACACAGACCUCCUAUCAGGCAGAGGAGAACCACAACAUCACACUGGAAUGGAUGUUUACAACCAAACCUGACAGUUCCUCCACCUCACUGAAUAUCUACUGUGAAAUGUUCAUUGAUCACAAUGACCCAGUCCUGUAUCAUGUACAUGAGGGUGAUGAGGUCCCAGAGUCUCAGGAUGAACAGUUUGCAGGACGAAUUCAGAGUGACAAAGACGCUCUCAGAGAAGGACGAAUCAGACUUCAUGUGUCCAGACUCAGGACGGAUGACUCGGGUCUGUACACGUGUGAUGUGAAAACAGAUUAUGGUGUGAGCUCUGACAGAUGCCUCCUCAAUGUCACUGCAGCUGUUGAUCAGCCAGAACCUCAGAAACCUACUGAGAGACCACAACCAGAGAGUCAGGGAAGGAUCGGCCUCUACGUUGGACUGACAGCAGCUGGACUCGCCGUCUGUGCUGGACUCUGCUUGGCCUUCAGACUUUGUUUAACUAAAUAUUCUGAUAAGACAGGACUUAGUUUUAGAUCACGUUCCUACUCAGCUAAUUCAAGUAAAAAUGAACAGACCACAAUGACUAUGGUGUUGUGACAGUUACAUUUCUCAUCACUGAUUUUCUCUGCACAUCCAACCUGACUUCUGAUGUUUUGAGCCUGAGAAACACGAUGAGAGUGUGAGAGAGGAGAUCAACAUCCAUUUACACCCAUCAGGACUAACAGGACUCUGUCUGAAGUAUCACCCUUUUCUAUCAAAGUGGAUGUAAAUAAUAAGGGUAAAUAAUGCUUCAGUAUCAGUGAUAGUUCUUUAUGUUUGGCACAAAAUAGUAACAUAAUUUAUUUAAUUUGUAAAAUAUCAAAUCUAAUUUAAUAAUGAAAUGUCUUUCCUGAUGUACAGUUUAUAAUGUUUACAUAUUGUAAAUGAAUUAGUUUUUUAUGAGAGAAGUUGUUAUGUCUCUUUUGUGUCUUUUUGUCCAUCUUGUUGGCAAGGUUACGAUUUCUUUUGAAUUGUAACCAUGUUAUUAAACUGUAAGUGUAUUUGUUGUUCAAACUGAAUUGUUUUAGCUUUCAACAAGAUGUG